AUGGCGGUGGCAUCAAAAUCUUUUGCCCGUGAAGGAGAGAAGAACAUGAACUGUCCAAUGAGAAAAGCAGCAGUACCGCCUGUUAAUGCAGGUGCUGUUUUGUAUUAUGAUUCUCGUAUGGGUAAGGAACAGAAAGUAGCCAUGGAUAUGGCAGCCAGAGAUUUGCAUCGCUUGAAUUGUUCUAUGCAGCUGGUUUUGCACCUUAAAGAUUCUCAUGGUAAUUCAGCUCGGGCAACUUCUACUGCAAUCCAUCUCAUUGACACCAAAAGAGUGCAAGCUGUCAUCGGAACACUGACGAUUCAGGAAGCUGCUCUAAUCUCCGAUAAUAGUAAAAGCUUCAAGGAUCAAGUACGUAUCCCCAUCCCCAUCAUUUCCCUAGCCUCACCUGCUAUCGUCCCAUCAUUGAUACCAAUUCAACCGUUCUUUUUCAUUCAAAUGGCUAGCGAUGUCACCCUCCACAUGAAGUGUAUUGCCGCCAUUAUAGGCCACUUUAGGUGGCGAAAGGUGAACACAAUUUACGAAAAGAUCAACAACAACAACGGGUUUUCUGCUGAACUAGAGACAUUAACCCUCCUUUCUGAUUCACUUCAUGUUGUGGAUUCAGCAAUUGAAUACCACUCAACUUUACCUUCCCUAUCCUCUCUGCCAGACCGGAAAGCAGCCAUUGAGAAAGAGCUGAUGAAGCUACGCAGUUUGAGCAAUAGGGUUUUCAUACUUUUGCAGUCUUCUUUAGAGUCAGCUAUUUUGCUUUUUGAGAAGGCAAAUCAAAUGGGUAUGAUGGAAAAAGGCUACGUGUGGAUCGUAACUGAUGAGAUUGCAAGCCUUCUUGAUUCUGUGGAUUCUUCUGUUACCUAUAACAUGCAAGGACUAAUUGGUUUUAAAACCAGCUUUGUUUCUUCCAGUGAAACUUUCAAGCAGUUUAAAACGAAAUUCCGAAAGAAGUUCGGAUCAGAGUACCCUGAAGAAGAGAAUGCUAACCCAAGCAUUUUUGCACUCCGAGCUUAUGAUGCAACUUUGGCCAUUGCUCAAGCCAUUAACAAAAUACAAGGAAGGGUUACCCCGAAAAAAUUAUCUCAACAAAUCAUGCUCAGCAACUUUGAAGGUCUAAGUGGAAAGAUAAACUUCAAGAACGGUACAUUGUCACAAGUGCCAGUCUUUCGGAUCAUUAAUGUGGUUGGCAAAAGCUACAAGGAGAUAGCAUUCUGGUCACCAGAAUUCAAUUUCUUAGAGAACUUCACCCAGUAUGAUAACUUGAAGGUAACAAUUGGUAAUGGUUCAUCAGGACUUUUGGGCCCAAUAUUUUGGCCAGGUGGCCUGCAAACAGUUCCAAAGGGAUGGACUUACAGUGGUGAGGAGAAAGCAUUGAGGAUAGGGGUUCCUGCCAAGGGUACAUUCAAUCAGUUUGUGAAAGUGACUUGUGAACAGGACCAGAACAGAACAUUCGUCUCCGGUUUUUCCAUUGAUGUGUUUGAAGCAGUUGUAAAGCGCCUUCCUUAUCAUUUGCCUUAUGUCUUGGUUCCAUUCUAUGGAUCAUAUGAUGAAAUGGUGGAACAGGUCUACUACAAGGGCCUGGAUGCAGCAGUUGGUGAUACAGAAAUAAUGGCAGAUCGGUUUCGAUAUGCUGAAUUUACACAGCCAUACGUUGAAUCUGGACUUGUGAUGGUAGUCAAAGUAAAACCAGAUAAGCUGAAAGAGGAAUGGUUGUUCAUCAAAGUCUUCACAAAAAGAAUGUGGCUAAUGAUAGUGGUGAUGCACCUCUUCAUAGGGUUCGUCGUUUGGUUAAUUGAACAUGCUGGUAAUCCUGAAUUUGAGGGCUUCGGAACUAUGCUUUGGUUUUCAGUUACUGUCCUAUUCUUUCUUCAAAGAGAACCAAUUAAGAACAGUUUGUCUCGUUUUGUGCUGGCACCAUGGUUUUUUGUCAUACUUAUUGUCUCGGCUAGUUUUACAGCAAGCCUCACUUCCAAAAUGACUGUCGCUAGGUUUAAACCGUCUGUCCCUGACAUUGUGACACUUCAGAAAACACAUGCAGCAGUUGCGUGUAAUGGAAACUCUUUCAUUGUAAGAUACCUGAUAAAUGUGUUGAACUUUAAGCCAGAGAAUAUAAGGGGAGUUCAUUCGAUAAGCGAAUACCCUGAAGCCUUUGAGAGAGAGGAAAUUGCAGCAGCUUUCUUCGUUGUCCCACACGCCAAAGUCUUCCUCGCAAAAUACUGCAAGGGCUACACCAUAGCAGGACCCACUUUCAGUCUUGGAGGUUUUGGGUUUGCUUUCCCAAAGGGUUCUCCUCUGGUUACAGACAUUUCAAAAGGAAUCCUUGAAGUGAAACAAAGUGGAGAAAUGAAACGGCUAGAAAAAUUCUUGCUUUCCUCUAAUAAUUGCUCCUCUUCGGCCAACUUAUACGAUGAUCUAGAACUAGGUCCCGAGCCUUUCUACAUCCUGUUCUUGAUUUCAGGUGGGAUUUCUGCAUUUGCAUUCGUACUUACCAUAGUGCGUCUAGCUCAAAAAGGUCAACUGAAGAUGACCUUCAUGCCAGCUGGAAUGGUAGAUGGCAGCAGAGUUUGGAUGUGGGCAAUAAUAUUUCUUGCUCGAAUCUACGUAAACUUUCCAUUUCCAUACAGAAUAAGGAUCUAA